CACCCCGCUUUCUUCUGUCUCUCUCACUACUACUGAAGCAUUUCCCCUCUCUUUCUCUCUCUAGAAUCAGUACUUCUCUCACACACCAUACUCCUCCACCCCUACCCUCUAUCUUGGAUCAACAUUUGAGUCCCUCACACUCCCUUCUCUCUAGGAUGAUCAAUACUUGAGGUCUGCAUCCACCCCUCUUCUUCACAAAUUCUUAUUUCUCUCUCUAAAAAUUCUCCCUCCUUCACUUUCUCUCUCAACGUAGCGAGCUCCCCUCCGUCUCAUUAUCAAGAAAAGUUUCUUCCCAACUGAAUCAAAAUGGACGAUUUGAACAGAAAAAGAGUCGAGGGAAACGAUUAUCCGGCGGUAUUCAGCCGGAAAAGGGCGAUCCAUGAGCUCAGCCAUGGCUUGGAACUUUCCAAGCAACUCUUGGCCCACCUCCUAAACUCUCCCUCUCAACCUUUGAGCCCCAAAUUGCUCGAGGAAAACCUUAGAAAGAUCAUCCGAUCCAUUUCCGCCGUUUUAGCUUCUGCUGGUAAUUCCGGCGAAGUUUCCAGCGCGAAUUGCGGGAAUCAGGCCACCGGUGGAAGUUAUCCUGUGCGUUUUGAAGGAGGAGGGAAUUUGGAUUUUGUUGGGGGUAGAGAUGGGAAACGGACUUGCAAGAGAAGGAAGGUUUCAUGCAAGAGGACCAUGAAGGUGUUGGCUGAUAACCCGGAAUCACCGCAUGCAGCCCCAACAGAUGAUGGAUAUGCCUGGAGAAAAUAUGGCCAAAAGGAUAUCCUCAAUGCCAACCACCCAAGGAGCUAUUUCAGGUGCACCCACAAAAAUGAUCAGGGGUGCGCGGCCCUAAAGCAAGUGCAAAGAAUGGAUAGCAACCAAUCAUUCUUUGAGGUCACAUACAUUGGCUACCACACUUGCAGGCAAUUCAUGGCAACCCCACCUCUCUCUCUAGACUCCACUCCGAGUAGACCCUUUUUCUUCAACUUUGAAUCAAAUUCAGCAAUAGAGAGCACUGAUUAUGAGGAUAAUCCCAACUCUCCAUUCUCUCUCUCUUCCUUCACCACAAUUGUGAGAAAUGAAGAGAGAGAAACUAAUCAUGGAGACAUAUUCCGGCAUGACAGGGUUGGGUUUGCUUCAGAGUCAUCAGAAGUUGGGGAAACUCUUCAAACAAUGGAAUCUGAAGGAACAGAGGAAGUUUCAGGCAUAAAUUCCUCUUCGAAUUUCCCCACUUUCGACAAUUUUUCUGCUGAUAUUGAUUCAGUCCUUCCCUUUGAAUCACCAUUCUUGUGGUCUACUCAAGAAUGGUUUGCAAACAAUUGAAAUUUUCUUUUUUCAUUGUAUCUUUCUAGUUGGAUGAGAGAGAGAGAGAGAGAGAGAGAGAGAGAGAGAGAGAGAGAGAGAGAGAGUUUUAAUCUCUUGGAGGUUCCUCUGCCCCUGUACAAGAGCCAAUAUUCUGGUGUAAUAAUGUACAUGUUGGUACUUUUGUAGAAAACAGAGUUUGUUGAGAA